AUGAAUCACUACAAGCUUGAAGAAGACCCAGUGACCAAAGAGAGAACUUUCAAGAGAUUUGCUCCAAGGAAAGGAGAAAAAAUAUACAAAGAAUUUAAAAAAUUCUAUUUUUAUUCUGAUGCUUACAGACCUUUAAAAUUUGCGUGUGAAACUAUAAUAGAAGAGUAUGAAGAUGAAAUCCUCUCCCUUAUCACCCGGGAGGCACGCCAUCUCACUGACAGGCUGUGCAGCGAGAAAUCAGAUCUGUGUGAAACUUCUCCGAAUCAUACUGAACUCUAG